CUGAGUUUAUCCCGACUUUCACUCGUUAGAUUUUAAUAAGAGAAAAAUAGAACAUUUUUGACAGGGAGGUGGCAAGGCGCCAACUAACUAAACCAAAACAAACAGGGACAAGAGGCAGAGCAAACAGCAAAGAGUUGGUAACUUAGACGACGACGGUUUGGUUGCUGCGAAUUCUCCGUUGGAUCCUCGGCAGCUAGAACGCAUGACGACAAUGAUUUAGGAAAAGUUGCCGAGCAACGGAGGCUUCGCCAGAAAAGAAGAGAUUUUUGGACUGCAAAUCCCCUUUUUUAUUUUCCCAAAUAAUAAAUUAGGGGGCUUUAUUUUGAAAGAAGAAUUGAAUUGUGGGCAGCCUGGUUCUGAUUUCAUGAGAAGUGCCAAUUGGGAUAGUUUGAAGAAAAAUUGGUGAAUUCUUCUGGACAGGCAACAUAGAUAGUUGGGGAAAACAUGGAAAGGUUUUUACAGGUGGUGGACGUGGCCCAUCGGGCCGGAGGGGAGUCGUUACUUGGGACGAUCAAGAUCGCAGUUUUGCCCAUAGCAAAGGUUUUUACAGUGUGCUCCUUGGGCCUUCUAAUGGCUUCCAAGUAUGUUAACAUCUUCCCCGCCAGUGGAAGGAAACUCUUAAAUGGGCUGGUCUUCUCACUUUUGCUUCCAUGUUUGAUAUUCUCUCAACUUGGACAAGCCAUCACCCUACAGAAAAUGCUUGAGUGGUGGUUUAUUCCUGUGAAUGUCGUUCUGGGUAGUACAUCAGGCUCUAUAAUAGGGUAUAUUGUUGCAUCCAUUGUCCGUCCACCUUACCCCUUCUUCAAGUUUACAAUUGUACAGAUUGGAAUAGGAAACAUUGGGAAUGUGCCACUGGUUCUGAUUUCAGCUUUAUGUAGAGACAAAUCAAACCCUUUUGGUGAUUCAACUACAUGUAAAACAGAUGGGACUGCCUAUAUUUCAUUUGGCCAGUGGGUUGGUGCAAUCAUCCUAUACACAUAUGUAUUUCAUAUGUUGGCCCCCCCUCCAGGGGGUACCUUUGACAUUGAGGAGGGAGAGCUCCCAAUCAAAAACCCUCGAAAUGGCAAGAUACCUGAUCAAGUUCCGCUGCUUACACAUGAUGAAAACGAAGAGGCAGCACAUGAAGAAGAGGUUGCAGAAACUAACUCAAAUGUUUCUCACACACCUAAGAUUACAGAUUUCUUGGUUUUUUUCUAUGAGAAGUUGAAGCUCAAACAAUUACUUCAACCCCCUAUAAUUGCUUCUAUCCUGGCCAUGGUACUUGGAUCGAUACCAUUUUUAAAGAAAAUUAUCUUUACCGCUGAUGGUCCACUUUUCUUUUUCACAGACAGCUGUAUUAUCCUUGGGGAGGCCAUGAUUCCAUGCAUUCUGUUGGCGUUAGGUGGAAACCUUGUCGAUGGUCCAGGAAGUUCAAAACUUGGUCUACGAACAACAGUUGCUAUUAUAAUUGGACGAUUAGUCUUGGUGCCCCCUGUAGGACUUGGCAUUGUAAUGUUGGCCGAUAAGCUCGGUUUCCUCCCUGCCGGCGAUAAGAUGUUCCGAUUUGUCCUACUGCUCCAGCACACAAUGCCUACAUCUGUCCUUGCUGGUGCUGUUGCAAAUUUAAGAGGCUGUGGAAGAGAGGCAGCUGCCGUCUUGUUCUGGGUUCACAUAUUUGCUAUCUUCUCCAUGGCUGGAUGGAUUGUAUUGUACCUCAACAUACUGUUUUGAGAAACUAGUCAAAGUUGUCACUGCGCCACACCUAUCUACCUUCUUCUGCUAUUAAUUUCGAGAUUUCCUUCUUUGUUGGGCAGUCAAUGUUAAUAGCUAAGGGUAUAUAUAGCUAAACUUGGAAAUUCAUUCAUGUAAAAUGCAAGGUGUCAACCUGUUUCAUGGUGAACUGAGGAGCAACCCGUGAAUUUUGUUGUGAUAGCUGCCCUUUGCGUCCAUUAAGUUUUAGGUCCGUGGAAGGUCAGUUGUCAUCUACAUUUAGCAGGUGCCUGUAUAUUUUUUACUUUUCCGAAGGAUUGAUGGGGGGUUUAGAAGAAGCUACAUGACCCCCAACCUGGUUGUAAAGUGGAAGCAAUUAUAUUUUAACGGGCGGUCCCCUUGCCCUCUUUUCCUUUUAUCUCAUUCUCUUGUAAUACAAUUUUUAGUCAUAAACUUGAGUAAAUUUUAGUUCUUUUCAGAGCAA